ACUCAGAGUCUCUCUCUCUCUCUCUCUCUCUCUCUCUCUCUCACAGUGUGUGAGUUCAGGAAAAUGGCUGAGGCCAGUAUUUCAGUAGAUCAGGAUCAGUUCAUCUGUUCAGUUUGUCUGGAUUUACUGAAGGAUUCAGUGACGAUCCCUUGUGGUCACAGUUUCUGUAAGGUGUGCAUUAAUGACUGGUGGGAUCAGGAUGAUAAGAGCGGAGUUUAUCGCUGUCCUCAGUGCAGAGACACUUUCACUCCAAGGCCUGUUCUACGCAGAAACAACAUGCUGUCUGAAGUGGUGGAGAAACUGAAGAAGAAGAUUGAAGUACAAGCUGCUUCUCCUGCUCACAGUUACGCUGGACCUGGAGAUGUGGAGUGUGAUUUCUGCACCGGGAGAAAACACAAAGCCAUCAAGUCCUGUCUGAUGUGUCUGGCCUCCUUUUGUGAAACUCAUCUGAAACCUCACUAUGAAGUUCCUGGACUGAAAACACACAAGUUGGUCGAAGCUUCUGGAAAGCUACGAGAGAAGAUCUGCUCUCAGCAUGAUAAAGUGCUUGAGAUCUACUGUUGUACUGACCAAAGCUUCAUCUGUUAUCUGUGUAUGAUGCAUGAACACAGAGGUCAUGACACAGUCACAGCUGCAGCAGAAAGAACUGAAAAACAGAGUGAGUUAAAGGAGGAGCAGAUGAAAUCCCAGCAGAGACUCCAGGAGAAGCAGAAGAAGGUGCAGGAGCUGAAACAGGCUGUGAACACUAUAAAGCUCAGUGCACAGACAGCAGUGGAGGACAGUGAGAGGAUCUUUACUGAGCUGAUCAGCUCCAUGGAGAAAAAGCGCUGGGAGGUGACGGAGCUGAUCAGAGAUCAGGAGAAGGCUGAACUGAGUCGAGCUGAACGACUCCUGGAGCAACUGGAGCAGGAGAUUGCUGAUCUUCAGAGGAGAGUCACUGAGCUGGAGCAGCUUUCACACAAACACGAUCACAUCCAUUUCCUCCAGGUAACUAACACACACACACACACACACACACACACACACACACACACACACACACACACAUCUUCUCUCUGUGUCUCUUCUGGACGUGAAGACACACCCAGCAUCACUGUCAAUCAACAUCUCUCAUUUGAUGGAGUGAGGAAAUCUCUCUCUGAUCUGAAAAAGAGACUCGAGGAAUUCUGCCAGGAGGAACUCAUCAAAAUCCCUGAACCUGCUGCAGCAGUUCAGAUGAUUUUACCCUCAGAACAAAAGAGCAGAGAAGAUUUUCUGAACUAUUUCUGUGAUCUGACUCUGGAUCCCAACACAGUAAAUUAUCACCUCAUUCUGUCUGAGAAGAACAGAGUGGUGACGCGCAGUGAGAUAAAGCAGCCGUACUCUGAUCAUCCAGAGAGAUUUGAGUCCCACAGGCAGGUGUUGUGUAAGGAGAGAGUGUGUGGACGCUGUUACUGGGAGGUGGAGUGGAGCAGUGUGGGAUAUGUGGAAAUAUCAGUCUCAUAUAAAGACAUCAGACGGAAAGGACGGGGUAAUGAGUGUGUGUUUGGAUUCAACAAUCAGUCCUGGAGUCUGCGGUGUUGUUCUUCUUCUCUCUCUUUCUAUCAUAACAACAUUAAGACUGAUCUCAGAGUUCCAUCCCCCUCCAGAAUAGGAGUGUAUGUGGAUCACAGUGCAGGAACUCUGUCCUUCUACAGCGUCUCUGACACGAUGAAGCUCCUCCACAGAGUCCACACCACAUUCACUCAGACUCUAUACGCUGGGUUCUGGCUGCAUUCUUUUGGAUCAAUUGUGAGAUUAUGUGAUCCAAAAUAAAAUAUUAAGGAUGUUUUUCAAAUUAAAAUGAGCAGCUUCACUUUUACAUAUCUUGAUUAAUUCCAAUAAAAAUGUAAUAUGAGUCAUUUCUUUUAGAUUUCCGAAUAUCCAUACAUUAUCUGUAGCUGCUUAUCCUGUUCUACAGGGUUGCAGGCAAGCUGGAACCUGUCCCAGCUGACUAUGAAUAGAAUAGAAUAGAAUGC